AUGUGCAACAUUAUCUAUCUAUGUCGAUCUGUUCUUAUCUCUCUCUCUCUCUCUAUCUAUCUAUCUAUCUAUGUCAGUCAGUCAGUAUCUAUCUAUCUUUCUAUCUAUGUCAGUCAGUAUGUAUGUAUGUAUGUAUGUAUGUCUGUAUGUAUGUAUCUAUCUCAGUCAGUCAGUAUCUAUCUAUCUAUCUAUCUAUCUAUUUGUUUCUCUUACGCUAGGCAACGCUCGAUACCCACCACGAAACUCCCUUUCUCAGAACACCCGUUCUCAAGCGACCAAGAUACGGUCCUCUACAGGGCAACACUCUCUACCGACCAGGAAACUCCCUUUCCCAGAACACCCGUUCUCAAGCGAACAAGAUACGGUCCUCUUCAGGGCAACACUCUAUACCGACCACGAAAGUCAUUUUCUCAGAACAUCCGGCAACGCUCUCUACCGACCACGAAACUCCCUUUCUCAGAACAUCCGUUCUCAAGCGACCAAGAUACGGUCCUCUUCACGGCAACGCUCUCUACCGACCACGAAACGCCCUUUCUCAGAACACCCGGCAACGCUCUCUACCGACCAGGAAACUCCCUUUCUCAGAACAUCCGUUCUCAAGCGACCAAGAUACGGUCUUCUUCAGGGCAACGCUCUCUACCGACCACGAAUCUCCCUUUCUCAGAACAUCCGAUCCCUGCAGGUGCCCUUUACGAACACAUUUCUCAAAGGCAAUUGACGCACAGUCCGAAACCAUUCGACCAGGUGGACAGUCCGAAACCAUUCGACCAAGUGGACAGUCCGAAACCAUUCGACCAGGUGGACAGUCCGAAACCAUUCGACCAAGUGGACAGUCCGAAACCAUUCGACCAGGUGGACAGUCCGAAACCAUUCGAUCAAGUGGACAGUCCGAAACCAUUCGACCAAGUGGACAGUCCGAAACCAUUCCAUCAGUGUGUUGAUUUUUCUUACAGCUACUUCUUUACAGUGGCAGUUGACUAG